AUUUUCCACUUCCUGGUUGGAUGCUGUAACAAUGGCGGCGGCUGCACGGUUUCUGCUCAGGAGUGCAAGCUCAAAGGGGGCUAUUUCUAAUGUACACGGUGGCGUGCCCAGUUGCUUGGGUAUUACUUUGGCGAAGCUUUCUCCAAGCGUUUCGCCCACUUCCAAAACCCACAGGAGGCAUGUCUCCCAUUUCACCUUUCAGCCUGACCCGGUGACCACUGACUAUGGGCCCACUGUGAAGAUGAACCUGUUCCAGUCGAUAACCAGUGCCUUGGACAACACACUUGCCGCAGAUCCGACAGCAGUAAUCUUUGGGGAAGACGUUGCCUUUGGUGGAGUAUUCCGCUGUACAGUUGGCCUUCGAGACAAGUAUGGUAAAGACCGUGUGUUCAACACUCCCCUGUGUGAACAAGGCAUUGUGGGAUUUGGCAUCGGUGCCGCCGUGGCAGGAGCCACAGCCAUCGCAGAGAUCCAGUUCGCCGAUUACAUUUACCCGGCAUUCGAUCAGAUUGUGAAUGAGGCAGCAAAGUACAGGUACCGCUCCGGUAACCUUUUUGACUGUGGGAACCUGACCAUCCGUGCCCCGUGGGGUUGCGUGGGCCACGGAUCCCUCUACCACUCCCAGAGCCCUGAAGCCUUCUUUGCCCACUGCCCUGGUAUCAAGAUUGUGGUCCCCAGGGGCCCUGUACAAGCUAAGGGCCUCCUGCUGUCCUGCAUUGCAGACCAAAACCCCUGCAUCUUCUUUGAGCCCAAGAUCCUCUACAGAGCUGCCGUGGACCAAGUCCCCACGGAAUCCUACACCAUCCCCCUAUCGCAAGCCGAUGUUCUGCUGGAAGGAAGUGACGUCACGCUGGUCGCCUGGGGAACACAGGUCCAUGUGAUGAGGGAGGUUGCUGAAAUGGCCCAGGAGAAGCUGGGAGUGUCCUGUGAACUCAUUGACCUGCAGACCAUCCUCCCCUGGGACACGGAGACCGUCUGCAAGUCGGUGGCAAAGACUGGGAGGCUUCUCAUCAGCCACGAGGCUCCAGUCACAGGUGGCUUUGCUGCAGAGAUCAGCUCGACUGUACAGGAGGAGUGUUUCCUGAACCUGGAGGCGCCCAUCGCCAGAGUGUGUGGCUACGACACGCCAUUCCCCCACAUCUUCGAGCCCUUCUACAUCCCUGACAAAUGGAAGUGCUUCGAUGCUGUCAAAAAGAUGAUCAACUACUGACCACCCCCACCCCUCUCCAUGUGCCUGGGAGCUGCUGAACGUAACCGUUAGGACCUACAUGUCUCCUCCCUCUCCUCUCCUCUCCUGUCCUCUCUUCCAGAGCCAGAGGGAGGAUCCCCUUAGCGUAGCCUUGGUCUGAUCAGACAUCGCGAAAGCACACAAGACUGUUACCACGGAUCUGAAGACUAAUACGAAAGGGAACCUUUUAACGAUUUUUGUCUUCUUGUUUUUUCCUUUCCUCUUUUUUUUUCUCGGAAACAAACAUCACAACUCAAGUGCUCCUCAUGGCAAUGCAUGGAUCACAGACACUAAUGUAGAUAUUCUAUGGAUGCUUUGCUGUAGGUAGCUGUCUCGCCCCCCCUAGCCCCUUAGCCCCAGCCCUCUCUUCUCCUUUUUUGACCACGUGUUGCUCCCUCAUCAGUUUACUGUGUUGAUGACCUUUCUUGCCUGUUUGUUUUUGUUUUUUGCCUUUUUGUCAUCAUUAUGUUGUGUACCAACCUUUUUCUUCUGCCUUUGUCCAUUGGGGACGUGUGGUUUUUAAGGAAAUUAAAGAAUGUGAUUUUUUGCAGUGUCAAAA